GCCACUCAAACGGACUAAUUUUGUGCGUGUUUAGGUCGGCCGUUGGAGUGCCCUAAAGUGGAUCGAAGAUCAGAUAUGCGCCGGUUCCCCCCGCCGCCUGCUGUGUACCGUCGCCAUCGCCGUUGAGGUCCUCAUACGAGGAUCGAGUGGUGCUUGAGAAGAGACGACCAAAUAAGAGCUGCAAUCCCGAAUCGACGCAACAGCUCCUUGUCGAGCUGCGAUCCAAAAUCGAGCGGCUCCUAUCGGAAUCGCAGUCCGCGAUCAAAGCGGCCACCCGUUUAGCCGCAAUCCGCAAUCGAAGCACCGCAAUCAGAAACAGGUCCUCUUUCGAUUUCAUUCUCCGAGUUGCCACCGGAGGCGGGAUCCAAGCCGCCGCAUAUCUGCCCAAGCGGACACCGCGGGAAGCCACUUGUUUUUAGUGGAGAUCAGCAACUCCCCUUGGACAUUUGGCGACCGGUGGCCAACCCAUCCGUCUCGGCCCUCGGCAAGUCCUCAUCUUCAUGGUGGAGGGCCAUGAAGAUGAUAGGCUCAGCAAGUUGCCUGAUGACCUUUUGCUCAACAUUGUCGAGCGACUUGAUAUUGCUGACGCCGCACGAACCACCAUCCUCUCCAGACGUUGGAAGGACGUCCUUGCUAGACUCUCAAAAGUCGUAAUAAGGGCAGGUUCUUUUGAGUCCAAGCAUACAACGAGCAAGAAAGAUGAUAUAGUUCGGUCCAACACCACCAUUCUGGAUGCAACCCGGAGCAUACUGGAAAGGAGGGCUGGAAGUCUAUACACCAUUCAGCUGUUGUGCAUGCAAUUCUACUUGGGAGAUGAGUCCAUUUUCAUUGGCCAGACUGUUGCCAACAGCAUAGCAACACAAAAGGUUGCUUCAGUUGACUUUACAAUCUUGACGAAGGUGCGUAGAAAUUGUACCAAGGAUGAGCUGCUCACAAAUGGGAGGCAGUUCAUGUCAUUCUUUGAUUCAUGUCCAAACACAUUUGGUUGUCUUGCACGCCUCACGCUAGAGAAUUUGAGGUUAGGAGAAUCGGCGUUCCCCAAAUUUUUUAGUAUAUGCAAGCAACUGGAGUUCCUCUUCCUCCACAAUUGUGACAUGGGUAUUCAGUCUUUGCUGGAAGUGGAACACCCUCAGCUCAGUGAACUAGUGAUUGCCAGCGGCUGCUUUAAGAGGGUUCAUCUGAAGUGGGCACCAAAGCUCACAAUACUGAAAUUUAGUAUUUUUAGAUCAAAAGAUGAUCCCUUCUGUCUUGGCUAUGUCCCACUGCUCCAGACUGUGAGCAUCAUUAAUACUGCUCUCUCUUGGCACAAGAUGCUCAAGUUAAGUGAGUUGCUUGGUAAGACUGCCAUAAGCAACCUGCAUUUGAACUUCAGAAGCGAAAAGAUUUGGGUCAAACCGGAAGGUCGAAGGCAAUUGUUACCUGUGUUCCACAAACUUAGGAUUGUGAAUUUGCUUAACAUUCCUGAAGAAUGCGAUCUGACUUGGACAAUGUUCCUACUCCAAGGUGCACCCAACCUUAAGGAACUACGCAUCGUGGUGCGGGAUCAUUUAUGUUUAAUGGUAACAGGGGAGGAGAGGAAGAAUGGUGCAUUUAGUGAGGAGAAGGACAAGGGACUGGAGUUGGAACCAUCUGCAUCUGAUUUCAAGCACCACAACCUCGCUGGGCUCAGUAUCUAUGGGAGGUUUCAAGCAGAAGACAAACUCGUGAGCUAUGCCAGGAGCAUCAUGCAAGCAGCAGUGAAUCUGGAGGACAUAAAGCUAUACAAGAGUCCAGUGUGUCAAAGGUGCAAGCACAUGCGCCAGGAGUGGACAUUGGAGGAGAAGUCAUCGCUUAGCUACAAAAUAAAAGAGGGGAUGCCCUCGCUUGUCCGGAUUCACUUCCCGAGUUUAGGGGAAGUCUAUUUUUAGAAAAAAAAUGCUCUUGGGCUGCAAGCUGCAGAUGACAGGAACUGUUGUACUAUGCAUGGAUUAAUUGUUGCAGUUGAACCUUUUCAGUCAGAUGGUACUGGGUCGAGGAGGAUAAGGUGUACUCUUAUCCUUAUUAUUAAGUAUAUUUUGUCCAGUGGAAAUUGUGGAUAUUUCUCUUAUUCGUUUUCA